AUGCUCAGAUUUACAAUUACAACGUCAGUCAAUUUUAGAUUUGUUUUGUGAUGUGCAAGCAGUUUGAAUUCAUACCCAAACGCGCUAUGUUGACAGACAGUGUUAUGAUAUGAUGUGGGAGCUGUGGACGGAAGGAUAAAUACCGUAGACUUGACUACCGCAGAGGCUCAGGCGUAGCGGGUGAGAAAAAGAGGUCCGGCUACAAAAAGGAACCUUUCCCUGCAACUUUCAGCCUCAGCAGGAGGUCAAAUAUACUUCAGAAUUGUAGAGUAUCACCGUGUUCUGGUUUGAUUUAAUCCCCCGCUCUGACUUCAUCCUCCAAGAUGAAGUUGAAGGAGGAUAUGAACCCCCUGCUGCUUCAGGUCUUCCGCUCCGUUGUCUGGGUCUACUCUGUCAUCACCUUCAUACCUUGGUACUUCUUCUCUGGAGCAGGCAGCAACUUGGAACGGGCUCGACGGAUCAAGGCACGCUCAGUUAGCGGUCACCCAGCGGGUCCUUACAGGGCUGUCAACAGUCAAUACAAGCUGGUGGCAUGGCUGCACCCUGGGGUGGACACCCUGGACAAAAUGUUUGAAUACGCUGCAGUGAGAUUUCCACUAAGAGACUGUCUUGGCACCAGAGAGGUGCUCAGCGAGGAGGAUGAGCUCCAGCCUAACGGCAAGGUCUUCAAGAAGGUUAUUCUAGGGAACUAUAACUGGCUGUCCUACGAGGAAGCUUACCACGCGUCCAAGUGUUUUGGCAGCGGUCUGGCAGCUCUCGGCCAGAAGCCUCAUUGCAACAUCGCCAUCUUCUGUGAAACCAGAGCCGAGUGGCUCGUGGCAGCACAAGCCUGCUUCAUGUACAAUUUUCCACUCGUGACCCUGUACGCCACUCUCGGACCGAUGGCCAUCGCCCACGGCCUGAACGAGACUGAGGUCACGCACAUCAUCACAAGCAAAGACCUGCUUCAAAGCCGUCUCAAGGCCAUUCUUUGUGACGUGCCGAGGCUGCAGUAUGUGAUUGUAGUGGACAGUAAACCGUCAAGCUGCCCAGACGUCCCCAGAGGCAUCAUGGUCUACAACAUGGACGCUGUGAAGGAGAUGGGAUCCAAACCUGACAAUGUAGCAGUAAACCGCAGACAGCCACAGGCUUCUGACAUCGCCGUCAUCAUGUACACCAGCGGCUCCACAGGCAUCCCCAAGGGUGUCAUGAUCUCCCAUGGCAACAUCAUGGCCGGGAUCACUGGCAUGGCUGAGAGAAUUCCUAACCUCAAUGAAACGGACACCUACAUAGGAUACCUGCCGUUGGCCCACGUUUUAGAGCUCAGCGCUGAGCUGGUGUGCAUCUCACAUGGCUGUCGCAUCGGCUACUCGUCCCCUCAGACGCUAGCAGACCAGUCCACCAAGAUAAAGAAGGGCAGUAAAGGUGAUACCAGUGUGCUGAAACCUACUCUCAUGGCUGCUGUGCCAGAGAUCAUGGAUCGAAUCUAUAAGAAUGUGAUGACCAAAGUGGAGGAGAUGAGCAAAUUCCAGAAGACGCUCUUUGUGCUGGCUUACAACUACAAGAUGGAGCAGAUCUCCAAAGGCUACAACACACCUCUCUGUGACAGUCUGGUGUUCAAACGGGUGCGUGCGCUCUUGGGAGGGAACACACGGGUGCUACUUUCCGGCGGCGCUCCGCUCUCAGCUGCCACACAGCGGUUCAUGAACAUCUGCCUGUGCUGCCCUGUGGGGCAGGGCUACGGCCUGACGGAGACCUGUGGAGCUGGCACCAUCAGUGAGAUGUGGGACUACAGCACAGGACGGGUCGGCGCUCCACUGGUGUGUUCUGAGAUCACACUGAAGGACUGGGAGGAGGGUGGUUACCACAGCACAGACAAGCCAAACCCACGGGGAGAGAUUCUGAUCGGCGGACCCAACGUAACGAUGGGUUACUUCAAGAGUGAAGGCAAAAACUGUGACGACUUUUUUGUGGAUGAGAGAGGGCAGCGAUGGUUCUGCACCGGAGACAUCGGAGAGUUCCACUCUGACGGAUGCCUCAAGAUCAUCGACCGCAAGAAGGACCUGGUGAAGUUGCAAGCAGGCGAGUACGUCUCUCUCGGAAAAGUGGAGGCUGUUCUGAAGAACUGCUCGCUCAUAGACAACAUCUGUGCCUACGCCAACAGUGACCAGUCAUAUGUGAUCAGCUUUGUGGUGCCGAACCACAAGCAGCUGAUGGCAGUGGCGGAGCAGAUGCAGGUGAGGGGCACAUGGGAGGAGAUCUGCAACAACUCCCAGAUGGAGAAAGAGGUCCUCCGCAUCAUUACUGAGGCUGCAAUCUCAGCAAAACUGGAGCGAUUCGAGAUCCCCAAGAAGAUCCGUCUGAGCGCCGAGCCCUGGACACCAGAGACCGGCUUGGUCACCGACGCCUUCAAACUGAAACGCAAGGAGCUCAAAACACACUACCAGGAAGACAUUGAGAGGAUGUACGGUGGAAAAUAACACAUAGACACACUCCAAACAACGCUGAAACACAUCCACAUAUAUACUUGCAUACAUACACUAGGAGCUCAGAAGCCACUACCAGGACUACUUGAAGAGGAGUUAUAAGAUACAGAUAACACACACAACACACAAAGCGUCUCAUGCACCUCCUCCUCGGCUUCCCCGCGACCAGCUUCGAUCAAAGGAUGGGGGAGAAAAACACACUCUUGAAUCCAGCUUAAUGCUCUCCGUCAAGACCAAAAGGCAGCAGGUCCCCCUCACAGACAACCGAGCCGCUCCCCUUUGAUGGAUCAAGCCCUGCAGGUUGCCACAGCAACCGAGGCAGCGCACAAAAUCGGACGUCUGCACUAGAAGUGGGAAUAAAAACAAACGUCAGGCUAGAUGUUUCUGGAUCGAUGUCAGCAGACCCUCUCUGUCGCUUCUCCUCCUCCUCCUCCUCCCCCCCUGCUCUCUGGAGCCCCCCACCACUUCAACAUGGUCUUGGACUGGUAGUGCGGAUACCUGGCAGGGAAGUGGGGGUAGAAUGAUAGAGGGAUCCCUCCUGGGCUUUAAGUAACAUUCAGGUUGCAAUCUAUGCAGGGAUCUCUUUAAUGAUUUUUCUUUUCUCCUUCUUUUUUUUUUUUUUUAAAUAUCUGUGUCGCUAUGUUUGCUUCAUGUUUGGUUUGUUGGCUUUUAAACCCACUUGAUGAGUGUCUUUUGUGUGUGUGGGGGGGGAAUCGGUGUCGCAAAGCCGCGAGAGAUUGUUGCGUUGUCGAAACUCCUUUUUCUUACUGUUACUUUCUGGGUGCAUUAUUGUGAGGGUUUGUUUCUGAGGUUCUAUAUCCUCCUGUUUUCUAUUGCCAAUUUGUUUAUGCUUCUUGUACUUUAACAAGCUUUGUUUACAAGCUUUUUUUUUCUUCUAUUAGUUUUUUUGUCUUUUUCUCCCCCCAUUUGUCCCAAAGUUUGUACAUUUUUCGAGUGUGUUUACUGUUUACGGACUAGACUAAUAGAGGCGAUCCAGUCUUCAGUCCCUUCUGCUCUCGGCGUCGGCAGUGGGGUCAAACAUUAAUUGUAAAAAAAAAAGGCAUCCAUUGGGAGAUUUUUCCAUCCUUGCUCUUUGCCCCCCAACUUACUCCAUAUCCCAGCAGCCCCUGGAUGCCUCCCUACCCAUGUCUUAUUGGUUAAUAUCUCGCUUCAUUAAAAUACUGUAGCCCUGCCACGCAUUCCUCCAGUCGUGACUAACGCACCGUAUGGAUGUCUCCAAGGGAACUUAGCCUAGCGUAGAAAUAGUUAGCCUUUUCAAUGGUUACUUUUUGGUGCAACUGUACAUGUUACUCUUUUUCGCUGUAGGUCUAGUUACUGUUACCUUUUUUUCUUUUCUUUAUUUUUUACUUAUUGAAUAUGAGAUACAAAAUGAAUGUGCAAUAUUUAUACACAAAUUUUAAAUUCCAGUUCAUAGGAAGGAAAAACGCGCGCACACAGCAGCCCCUCCAAUAGUGUAUGAAUGUUGAGGCUUGUUUACUGUCCACAUCCAGCAUAGGAAUAAAAAGAAGAGGAUGGUAGAGAGACACUGACAGGAGGUGUUAGAUGUAGCCCAUUUUGAACGUGCUGUGCUCAACAAUGUAAUGUUCUCUAAUAAAAGAAAAUCUAAUAUUUGGCAUUAUAGAAUUUGCAUUGCAUGAUGUGCAACUGUACCAAAGCACUUGAAUAUAUAUAUUUGAGAUAGAAUCGCACUCCAAGUCGAACGACUGAAGAAAUAAAAACGUCUUAUUUAUCAGUGAGAAUAUAUCGCAUAUUAAGUUCACCUGACCUCACAGGGUGCGGGUAACAUUUCUGUAAUAUCCAGAUUGGUUUAUGUGUAUGAUACUUUAUGUGCAGUGUAUAUAAGAAAAAAAGGGUCCACAGAGCAUCAGAUUCUGUCAACUGCCAUUUGUCUGAACUCAUGCUGUAUAUUAAGACAGAAGGCUUUCAGAUGGGUGAUCAUUCACUUGAGUUGCAUCAGAACGAGGAUCAGCCUUGUUUCAGUCUGUCUUUCUUCUCUUUAUCAAACAGUGUUUGGUCAGUGAUUCUCUGUGAGGGCGACAUCUGUCACACAUCUGCCCUCUUUGAAUACAUUAACUGAAGACAUUUAGCAUUAAUUAAAGCUACAGGUACUCUAACUACUUCUCUAAUUAUGUCUACUAGCUCAACACAGAAUGGUUAUUUUUAGCAUGUAAGAGUUUGACGAUCAUUCCUCCCGCCCUGUCUUUUUUUUCUAACGUGUCUCUCUCCUGACGUUAAGUAGCUUACUGUGCUGUUUGCUGCUUUCCCUCUGCCCGGCUAGAGGCAGCCAGUUGCCUUCUGACACACAUGAGCUGUCUUAAGAAUGUGAAGCGCUUCCCCGCGUUUUGUUUGAUAGCACACAUGCCGUGUCCUGCUACAAGUUUGUACAUCCGACGGCGAGGCGAUGACAGCAGGUGGUGCCGAGAUGAGUUCCACCACUCCUGUUGUUCUUUUUCGCUUGCAUUGUAAAUAAGUUGAGAAGGGGGGAAGGGGGGGUUCGAUGAUCAAAAUUAACUCAAACUACCAAUAAUUGUACAGGUGUAAAGUCUCAUGUCAACAUAUUUAAUAAUCUUUGUUACUGAUCUGUUUUGGGGGGGUCUUCUCCUCAUUUUUUUGUGUGGUUAAGUUGCCCUGCAAGCCGGGCUGUUGCAAGUGUAUCCUUCCUUUUUAUUUAUUUGUGAUUUGGCCUUGGAAACUAUGUAAUGAAAUAAAAAUAAAAAAAAGUUUGUGUUGUAA